UCUCUCAGCGGCAGCGUGGCGAGAACGUUUGGCGGACCUUUCUCUUGGAGCGACGGCCGGUGGCAGUGGCACAGUGACCGUGUUGCCAGCGGAGGGUCGCCGGCUAACAGAUAGCCAAGCCGCCAUGAACCACAAUUGCCUUAUGCUCUUGAUUACGUUCUUACUGUGCAGUGUCCUUGUAGCAGACUCGCAAACUAUUCAAAAUCGACGUUCAGAGUCAGGGUUGUCAUUCGCGGAAUCCGUUUACAUAACUUUCUCUGGAGCGUGUAGAGCGAUCGCAGACCUGCACCAGGGUUUAAUGAGCGACCAGACGGAAUUAUUGGAGACAUUAAAAAUAAUUGUACUAGGCGACAACGCGGUAAUGUCAUUCCCAAUCAACGAAACUUUCGCUGCUCUCAUGCAACCUGCUUUAUACGAUAUCACGAAACAGACUAAAGUUGUGAUCCAUGGAUAUAAAGACAGCUCUCAGUCCGCCCUGCCGCAAGAGUUGGGUCAUGCCUACAACGAUAAGAAAAUGUUCAAUGUCCUACUUCUCGACGCUGAGGCAAUGCUCAAUGAAGGAUAUAUUAAAUGCGUUCACAACGCUCCUCUUAUUGGCAAGAGACUCGCUAACUUACUCGCCAACUUAGAAGAUUUUGGAGCGAACGCCGAGGACUUUCAUUUAAUUGGUAUAAGUCUGGGAGCUCACAUCGCAGGUUGGGCAGGGAAAUAUUUUCGGCAGUUCAAAAAACGUCGCUUAGGUCGCAUAACAGGACUUGACCCUGCCGGACCAUGCUUCUCAUACGCGCACAGUGGUCAAAGACUGGAUAAAACGGACGCAAGUUAUGUGGAUGUGAUUCACUCAAAUAGACUAGUGCAAGGUGUGAUCGAGCCUUUGGGUCACGCAGAUUUUUAUCUUAAUGGUGGAGGGCCCAUGCAGCCGGGUUGUGUUAUGCCUACCUGUUGUCAUUUACGUGCUGCUGAAGUAUACGCGCAAAGCAUAAAAACUCCGAAAUCUUUCAUAGGUAUUCGUUGUAAAAGUUGGAAGCAUUUUAUGGCAAAUGCGUGUGAUACGGAUGAUUAUGCAGUUCUAGGGUAUGGGUCGUCGAGUGUAACCAGUGGACAGUUUUACUUACGGACGACCGGUAGCUCGCCUUUUGGGCUCGGCAUGCGAGGAACAGCCAGAUCGAAAAUGAGCGAUUGGUUAAGGACAUUAAAUCUACGAGAUGAAGCUUCACCUGGCAAGUAUUCGCCGCUGGAGACGCCGUAG